GUUAAUGAGAACUCUCCAAGUACAGUGGCGGACUUCUUGCAGUUGUAUGUGAUAAAUGGGAGUGAAAGGCUAAAGUGAGAGGCCUAUCCUUUGCCUAUUAAGCUCCUCACUUCGCAUGUCAGGAUGCAUUUCCCCCGGCCGGCCCAGAGAGCCCAGGCGGCUGAGACGGACUGGGACAUUGUACGCUGGGGAUAUGCGAUACUACUGCACUGAGAACUUCUCAAAAAGACAAGAUUGCCAUCUGAGCAUGUUCCCCCUGCAUGGCGUCAACGCCGCGAUGCUGCUGGAGCUCCACCAGCAGAUGGAGCCACAGUACAGCAGCGUCUACACCGCGGCUAGCCCCGCAGCGCGCACCCUGUCGGUAGCUGAAAGAAUUGCAGAGCUUAUACUUGAGGCACGCUACGGCAACCAGCAGAAGCAGCGCCGCAGCCGCACGGCCUUCACGGUCUCCCAACUGCAAGCUCUGGAGAAAGCUUUUGAGCAGACGCAGUAUCCCGAUGUCAGCAUGAGGGAGAGGCUCGCCGUUUGCAUCAACCUGCCCGAGGCUCGCAUUCAGGUGUGGUUUAAGAACAGGAGAGCAAAGUUUCGCAAAGGUCAACGGUGCCUACCCCUCCCCAAAGACAAAAAUAAAGAGGAGGCACUAGAUGACGGCAAGCUGGGAGGCGAGGGGGAGCGACAAGACACGGACGCAUCGCCCGCUGAAAGCAACAUCGCACCCGGGCCUCGUGCGCCGCCCGCUCCCGUUCCCGAUAAAAGCGGAGAUCUUUGCCCCCGUCCGAACUCUCAUCUCAUCUCCGGUCGCCCCCUACGACUCCCCUCACCUCCGCUUUUCCCGUUCAUCCCAGGCCACAGUUACAGCCAGCCACUUUUCGGGAUGUUUUCCACAGAGCUCGUCUCCCCUCCGGAGUUCUGGCCCUUCCUGCGGCAGCGGGGCCAGGGCCUGGGCCCUCCUAUGUCAGCCAUGACGAAAAACUGUAGCCUCUCGCUUCAGACUGCUUGUUCCAGUAAAGCCGCGCUGUAUCCCAACUCGGGAUUGUAACUGUGGGUAUGGGGCCACCAAGCCAAGAGGCUGCACUAUGCAUGUAUGUACGUGUACGUGUAUGCAUCCUACAUCUUUUGCAAUAAACUGCUGUUCGAUGCUUGCUUUUUUUUUUUUCU